GGCUCAAGGAGGAGCCAAAAAUAUGUCACCUAGCCAGGUGUAGCUCAUCACACUGUGGUCCCACACUGUCUCUCUGCUGGACUGCUGUCAGCUCCAACAUGGUGCUUGGGAGCCCUGAAUACUUAACAUGACCCCCAUGGGAUCAACACUCGGGACACAUGGGGAUUCUACUGGCAACCUGGAUUUAUCUGCCGGGUGUACUCACCCACGUUCUACUACUCCUGCUCCUGGGAUUAAGCUCUGGGCAGGACUCUCAGAAGGAAGAUAUCUGUGUACUCACCAAAUCAAAUAUGAACUACAGCAUAAAAAAUGUUACCGUUAACAUGGUUGAACCUAAAAACUCACUGCCAACAGAAGCACUCAAUUUCUCCACCUUCGUUUUGAGCAACCCCAUAUUGCAAAUCAACAAAAAAUGUCUCCGGAUUAAUGUUAGGCUGAACACCUCAGGCCUCCCCAAUCUAUUUGGUUUAAUUGUAGAAGACUAUAACCAGAUAUAUUCAUCUAAAAUUGAAAUCACAAUGUAUAAAAAGAAAAGCAAGUGGAAAGCACAGUUUAGAUGCUGUUCGGUUAAGAUUGGUAAGCCAAUAACCAUAUCACUGGUUACUCUGCCUGGUUACAGUUUUGGAAUUACAAAGAAUGUUGUCAUACCAGAUCCAUAUGCACCACCUGAAUUCCAGUUCAAGCAUUCCCCAGAGAAUCGUGAAAUUGAAGUAUCCUUAUCUGGAGACCGUGAUGCCAUUGCUAGAUUAUGUUACAAUAACGGAAUAUGCACAGAUCUGAAAAUAAACGAAAGUGAAGUCUUUAUGGUAUCUGCAUCCAAAAAACUCACUUUAAAGUAUGAACAUCUGCUCCCUUGCCUGUGCAUUGAGGUUUUUUAUGAUGGAUAUAACAGCAGAAGGAAGCAGAUUUGCCCAUUUAAAGAUGAAGACAAUGCCUAUAACCAAUAUUUCUGGGAUAUUUCCUUGCUGAACGCGCAUGAUCAUUCCAGUAUCAUCAUGAGCAUGGUUAAGAAAUGCUUUGACGAUCCAAGAGUUUCUGUGUGUCAAAAAAAUAGUUCUCACUGCACCACACUGCACAAUGCUGUAAUCAAGACACAGGACAUUCAUACCUAUGAACAGUGUUUAAUGGAGUAUACGCUUGACAGUGCCGACGUGGAUCCUCACCUUUGUUUUAAGUUUGAAGUAUCAAACAGAAGCUACAUAAAAUGCCCUAACAAGACGAAAGAUCGAGUGUGGGAUGUACAUGUGGAAAGGCAACUUUUUAACACACUCAUCACUGUCUCCACUCCAGUACCAAUGACAUUUGAUGUAGUAAUAUGCAAGCCAAAUAUUACCACAAAACAAUGUGAUCCUCAUUCAUCUGUAUAUCAUGGGAACGCAACCAAGGGAGGCCAGAUGUACAUUACUAUUCCCAAUCUAAGUUUGGGCAACUGCGUGCAGGUGUGGCGUUCUGAUGUCCGGUUUUCACACAAAUAUCUGUUUUGCCCAGACUUUUCCCACAAACAUCUGGGCCUGGUGUCUAUUGGCGCGAUGCUGGCGGUUUCCAUAUUGAUCGUACUUCUAUUCCUGGCCUACCAAAGGAUCUGGAAAAUAUUUACAGCUCCACUUUGGAGAAGAACCGUGCUACUGGUGUAUUCUCCAGAUUCUCCCGAGUACAAAAUUCUAAUUUGUGCCUUUGCCGAUUUCCUGCAAAGUGUCCUUGGCUGCGAGGUCAUCUUGGACCUGUGGGACAUGAAUACAGUCAGUCAAAUUGGAAUGGUGCCAUGGUUUUAUCAAAAAAGGAAACUGGUGAGCCAAAGGAAAGGGAGUGUCAUCCUUGUUUGGACGAAAAGAAGCAAGUCUAUGUAUGAACAAUGGAGAAACAGAGGUUUUGCAGCCUAUGGGUGGACAGAUCCAACAAACCUGUUUGGUGCAGCUAUGGCGUGCCUGCAGCAUGACUUGGAGAAAGAGGAGAAGAAGGAAAUUCUAAAUAAUUACAAUGUGGUUUACUUUGAAGGACUUUGCGAAAAACAGGAUAUUCCCAUUAAUUUAAAGAAGCUCUCCAGGUUUCGCCUAUUGAAGGACUUUUACAGACUGGUUAGCAAAUUGCAGGACACCACCUGCCUGUCACCACAUUGUCUGAUAAAGGCAGUGGCCAAGUACUUAAUGAAGAAGUUAAUAAGCUCAGAGAACACCAUGAAACUCAAGAAACACGUGGAACUAUGCAGGCAGAAACUUCACGAAGGAGUUGGUUAAUAGGGAACACACUUUUUACCAGAUUUGUUGUACACAGUAAUAGAGUAUUUUAUGGCUGGGCUCCUGUAACAUAUACUGUCUACAUGUUUAGAGUGCCACAGGAGAGGAGUCCAUGUCUAAGUCCGUUCCAGUUCUACACGUGCCUACCUACAAAGUCAUUAAUAUAAUUUCUUUGAUUUCAGGGAUGACAGAGAAAUCUCCUGGGAUGUAGUCCACCACUUUAGCUCUGCUCCAAACAGCCUAUUCACACCGUCCUCCUGGGUUACAUAUUAUGCGGAUACUUGGGCACGUGGUGCAUUCUCCUCCAGCAUUUUUGGAAAAUCCUGCUGCUGAAUUUUUAUUUUAUAAAACUAGUACACAGGGAUAUUUUAUCAUCAGAAGUGGAAAAACUGCAGUGGGACACUUUCCCUCCGUUUUACUGUGGUCAUGCAGUUUGGUUUAUCCAGUUGAAAGUUUGUGUUGUUGUUUUUGAGUUUAAAUUAUGUGGGAUAUGGAGUGUUGGUAUGAAGAAUAUUUAGACGUUUUAGCGUUGAAUUGGAAAUGAACCAUGUGCUAGCCACAGAUAAUGAAAGGUUUGACUUCAGAGUCAAUUGAUAUAGUCAAAUGGUUAAGAAGAUUUAGGAAUUUCAGAUAUUGGAUAUAUUUGGAAACAAUAUAUUGCCCAAGAAAUAUGAAUGUUUGAGUCUGAGUUUUCAUUGUGCUUUUGUUGCAACACAGUUUAACUUCAGUUCUCUUUUUAUUUUUUUAUUUUUCAUAACAAGAUCAUUGUGUUACAUCUUCAUUUAAAUAAAUGAUGCACAGUAAGUCAUGUGCAACUUCUCUUUUCAUUAAACAAUGUAUUGACUGUUGCAUAAAGCAUUUUGUUAGAGCAGACAUGUUUAUUAAGUUUUAGAAGAAAAAUGGCAACAUACGUAUGAAUAAGGCAGACAAUGGUGUUACCAGUCUUUGGUAAACUCACCUGUAAAACUUUCACAAUAUAAAGAGUGUAAAUGAAUUAAAGCUCCAUAAAUGGAAAAUAAGGAGGGAAGAAACUGGAGCGUGGAGAAAAUGAGGAACCCAAGAAACAAUAGACAAAUACUGGCAAAUGCAUAAAGGGGAGAAUUUGUGAAAAGAAAGGGGGUGUUGAGUAGGGGGAGGAAAAGUUUAAUUAAAUAAGGGAUGGUGUGCAGAAAUCAGAAGAAGAAAUCAGGCCUUUCCCCCACUUUAUUGAAAACCAUCCAUUCAUGCUGGAUUUAAAGUACAUGGGGAGCACACUAUAACAAACCAAUGGAGAAUAAAAAACUUUGGAAGAC